AUCAGCAGCGUAAAGUAUGACCGUUAUCGACGGCAACAACAGCUAAAAUACGUAUUUCUUUUUACGAAAACAUGACCAUAAAACAGUACAACGUUUUGAAACUCACCUCAGAUGAAAACAAUCACCAAGCUAGCACCAGAACUGGUAAAAUGUCGUAAAACGGCGACAGUUGGAGGCUUCUUGCGACACACUAUCCUGCUUUCAGGUAGACGCCGACGUAAAAAGGUAAACAAACAUGUUGAUAAGCUAGUAGCAUGGUGGAGUCCAUCAAAUUUAAAGACAGAGAAGGAGAUUUAUUGCGCUGUAAACUGUUUAUAACGUUACCGUGAGCCAAUAGAAGUUGUGAAUGAACUGUCCCAGCUACCGCUUUUUCAUUAUCCAUGGAGCAAAAGUUGGCAGAGUUCAGAGCCAGACGACAGGCUGAGAAAGUUGCUCAGACAAGUCAGACUGCUGGUUCACAAUCCAGAGAGGCAGCAGCAGACACCACAGCUCUGUGUGAUAAAACACCCACAGCUGGCAGACUGCAAUCAAAUGACGCGACACGAAACAACCAGGCUGCGACUGACGGCUCUCAAAGCAGGGACCGUAGAGACUGGCUGCUGGACAGUGCUCUGGGAAGGUGGUUGACUUCCAGACAGUUUGUCAUUUCAAACAUCACUUUACUAAAAGUGCUGCUGUGGCUGGUGCUGCUGGGUCUGUUUGCCGAACUAGAGUUUGGCCUGCCUUUCUUUGUCAUCUCCCUCUUCUACUGGCUCUACGAAGGACUCCGAAGCCCAGCGCCCCGCAAGCCUGGUGAACUGAGUGCUUAUUCAGUCUUCAACCCAGACUGUCAGCCUCUGCUGGGUGCUCUAACUGCUGAGCAGCUAGAGGGAGAGAUGGGCUACAGACCUCUAGCUAACAGAUAACUUGGUUGUGAUAUGCACAUUUUCUUCAAAUAUUUCAAUCUUCAUCUAAAAAAUUCUCUGCAAUUUUCAAUUUCUGCUUCUGUAUGGCACAUUAAAAUGUGACUGGUCAGCUAAUAGUUUUAUUUCUGUGGCUACUGUAACUUAUUUUAAUAGUGUGAAUCAGGGAUAUAUAAUGGC